GAAGAAAUGAAACAUGGCCGACUCUGAUAGAAGACAGGCUGACAGCGUCAACCAUGCUAUAGAUGGAGGAGAUGCCAAGCUGCAAGAAAUUGCACGAGCGAAGGAGCUGACCAAGGAAGAAAAGCAGCGUCUUAGGAAAGAGAAGAAGCAUCAGAAAAAGAACAAGAAAGAUGACAAGGGUCCUCCAGAAAAGAAGCCGUCAGUUCAAUCUCCAUCAAAACCCAUCACACAGAGCCCAGCACAUAAAGCAGCUUCUGCGACUGUAAAUGCAUCUGUGUCCGAGUCUUCUGCUGCUGCAGAGAAGCCUGCAAAGACAAAAGCGGAGCUGCGAGCAGAGCGCCGGGCACGACAAGACUCAGAACGGGGGUCAAAACAGGGCAAGAAAGAACCAAGCCUACAGUCCUCUGUGGUGAAAAGGUUACCAGAGUAUGUUCAAGUGGAUGAUCCUGCUAUAGUGAAAAAGUUGGCCAAAAGGCUUGAAAGACAGCAGGUCCCUCUGAGGUCAGACUAUGGCUACAAGGUCAGCCUGUUCUCCCAUCUACACCAAUAUAGCCGAAAAGCCCCUCCCACCCAACAAAUCAGCGUCCCUGCUACAGUUAUUCACCCAUCCAUUGUUCGACUGGGCCUGCAGUACUCACAGGGCAUUAUAGCAGGGUCCAAUGCCCGAUCUGUGGCCCUACUACAUGCCUUUAAACAGGUUAUCCAAGACUAUACCACGCCUCCAAACGAAGAGUUGUCAAGGGACCUUGUAAACAAGCUGUCACCAUAUAUCAGUUUUCUCAACCAGUGUCGCCCUCUAUCAGCAAGUAUGGGAAAUGCAAUCAAGUACAUCAAGAAGGAAAUUUCCAAUAUUCCAAGUCAGUGCAAAGAAGAUGAGGCAAAAGGGAAGUUGCAGACAUGUAUUGACAGUUACAUAAAUGAGAAGAUCAUUUUGGCCUCCCAAGCCAUUUCUAAAUAUGCUAUUGAGAAGAUAAGUAAUGGAGAUGUCAUUCUGGUUUAUGGAUGCUCUUCACUUGUCAAUCACAUUCUGUGCGAAGCGUUUGAGAAGCAGAGGAAGUUCAGAGUCAUAGUUGUUGACAGUCGACCCAGGUUGGAGGGCAGAGAGGUGCUGAGGCGUCUGGUGAAGAGAGGCAUCCAGUGUACUUAUGUGCUCAUAUCUGCCUUGUCCUACAUUCUGCCUGAAGUAUCCAAGGUAUUUCUUGGUGCCCACGCACUUCUUGCCAAUGGAUAUGUUAUGUCACGUGUUGGAACUUCCCAAAUUGCCCUGGUAGCAAAGGCUUACAAUGUACCAGUUCUGGUCUGCUGUGAGACCUACAAGUUCUGUGAACGAGUGCAGACGGACUCCUUUGUGUCCAAUGAACUAGAUGAUCCUGAUGACCUGAUUGUGACCCGAAAUGGUAACACCCACCUAGAAAACUGGCAGACUGUUAAAUCGCUGGGGCUUCUGAACUUGGUGUAUGACGUGACUCCACCAGACUUUGUGGACCUUGUGAUAACUGACUUGGGCAUGAUCCCUUGCACCUCUGUGCCUGUGGUACUGCGAGUCAAGAAUGUCGAUCUGUGAAGAGCAGAUACAAGCUGUUUCCCUCUUGCAUCUGCACAUUAUGUGUCUGUGCACACAGGGCUUCUGGCAUGAAAUAAACAUCUAUGAAAUGGAACUAGCUUUUCGAACAAAGCCUCUGUUUAUUUCUUCAAUAGCAGGAUGCUUUAAAAUGCUUAACACUUUUGUAUUGUUAGACCAACCCAAUUCCAGUAUCCCACAGAUGACGUAGUCCAUUUCAGUCAGUCGAAUUAACUUUUAUUAGGACAGCUUUUUUUUUUUUUUUUUCUUCAAGUACAAGACUUGCUGUAAAUGGGAUCAAGAUUGUCAUGGCUUCUAGUCCUUUUGCCAAGUCAUCUGAAUAAAAUUAUUAUUAUUUUUUUAUAUUAAUCUAAUACAAUUUUGGCCCAUCAAGAGUGUCAGUGCAUAGGCAGAAACAGUGUUAGAAACAUCAUUCUUAUUUGGAUAGUUUCUGUUGCCGAAAUCCUUUCAUAGAUGUGAAUAAGGGAAAAGAGUUAUGGCGUGAUAUACACUAGUUAUGGUGCAAAUGUGUAUAAGACCACUCAAAAGCUUAAUAUGCUGCAUAAGGUUCUGUUUAUAAUAUUACCAGAACCCUGGAAGAGCUAUAGAAAAAGAAAUGGUUUGUAAAAAAACUGUUGUUUGCUAAUUGUUAAUAUUAAAAACAGAAGGCAUUCAUCAAACAAAUCUAUUUCAAGUACAAGGUUGCCAAGGUAUUUGCCUAGCACAAUUCAACAUUACAGACAGUUACAGAAAGUGAGAUUCACAUAAUGUAGCUUGCAUAUGUCCAUAUUGUACUAGUAGUUUAGUUGGUGAGCCCCUCUAUUAAUGUUGUAUAAGUAGAAAAAACGUAUCUUUUACUUAAUCAUACAAAUGUAGGUGUUGAAUGGUUAUACACAGCAGGUAGUAGACAUCUGUAAACAAACAGGAUUUGAAUAUAUAUUUGUUAAAAAAUAAAGGAAUAUUCCAGGUUCAAUUCAAGUUAAGCUCAUUUAACAGCAUUUGUGGCA